GUGAGAGCAAUUGUUCUGAUAUGUUCAUUUGAUAGUUCUGUUGUGGGAAGAGCAUUGUGUAGUAAAACUACCUUACAUCAAAUAAUAAAUCUGCUUACCGUAAUAUUCCAAAUUGUAGAAGAAUCUGAGUACAAAUCAAAUUUUGAUUUGUAUGAUGAAAUUGCAUCUACAGAUGUUGCAUUUUUUCCCCUUUCAAUUUUUCAGAGCGUAUGAAGCACUCAACGUCAAGCAUGAAAAUCUGUCGCUGAUUCAACCCCGAUUCGUGGUGCCCCUGCCUCCUCUUCAACCAGCGGUACUGAAGAUCAUCUGGAGUAUUAUGUUCAUGAGUGUGGAGACAUCUUAAACCAUCAGCAUGAAGCUACCGGCAGGCUCAACCGACGCUAAACACAUUAUGGAGCAUGUCUUUGCACAGGUGUCGGAAUUCAAGAAACUCAACCAAGCGACUGGAGUGCGUCUUUACACAGGGAACGUUGGAGCAGAUGAUGUUGAUGUUGUAGACAUGGCUUACAGGGUAGUGGCUGAUCAUAUUCGCACAUUGACCAUAGCUCUCUUGGACGGAAGCUGGCCAGAUAAUGUUGGAAGAGGGUGAGUCCUUUUGAAUGGAUUUUCUAGCCCUCAUUUGAUCCUAUUACAGUCUAAUGGUUGGCAAUACCUUACAUGCCAUACAUUAAAAUUACCUAAAGUUUGGUUCUAUUUAACAACACAUGGG